AUGCGUACUGUUGCUGUUAUUGGCCAGUGUGCUGUGGUGGCUGACUCAAGCUUGAGGAUUGAGUGUCUUCUGCCUCAGGCUGUAAGGAUGCUGCUGUUUGUUCUGCUCGCCCUCGGUCACGCCACCCAGGGUUUACCUAAUGUUGAUGACGUCACCAUUCCACCUUGGGUGACCACUACAACUGAGGCAUCUAGAUCAUUGGGACCUGUAGACUUGGACGUACAACUACCUCGAUCCAUUAAGCCGCUCCAUUAUGUGGUCAAACUUCAACCCUUCAUCAAUGGCAACUUCAGCAUCGUCGGCUACAUGGAGGUGGAGAUGGAGGUUCUGGAACCCACUUCCAACAUCACUCUCCACAUAUCGGAUAUCAUCACUAAAAACGACACCGUAAAAGUAGGGAUGAGCUUCAAUAUAGUUUCAGAUCAAGCAACAUCCCGAGGCUUGAGGAUCAAGAAACACGAGUAUGACCAUAGUCGUCACUUUUACAUUGCCCAUUUGAGGAAAGAGCUCCAGAAGGGAAAAAGGUACAUCCUGUCCAUGGAGUUCCUUGGUUAUCUUAAUAAUAAGCUGCAUGGCUUCUACAGAGCGACCUACAAGGAUGUUUAUGGUAACAUCAGGUGA